AUGAAACGCAAACGAUACGAAUCAACAACAAUAUCAAACAAAAUUUUAUGUUUACAAAAUGGUUCCAAUGUUGAAGUACAACUUGAUGAUGGAAAAUGGCAUUCAGGAAUUAUUAUUCAAUGUCAAUUAAGAAAAUAUCUUGUACAAGUUGAACAACAACAAUAUUGGAUUGAUUUUGAUCUUAUUAGACCAAAUACAAUUAUUGAUCAUAAACGUAAUGUACCAUUUGAAUAUCGUCCCGGUCAAUUUCUUCGUAAUGAAACAAAGUCCACAAGUAAAAUAGUAUCUGAUGAAAAAAUUUUAUCAUCUCCUCCUGAUUCAUCAUCAAUAUCUUCACAAAUUGAAUCUUCUAAUGAAUUAAAAAAAAAACGUUUACCACGAACAACAAGUACAAAUACUGAACAAAAAAAAUCACCAUUUGUUUGGAAACCAAGUACAAAUUCAAUUAUUCAAACACGACGAUCAUCAAAAAGUAAUAAUUCAUUAGUAAUAUUACCUGAAGAAAAUAUUCCUGUUGAUAAUCAUUGUCGAACACGAACAUUAUCAAAUUCAACUGAACAAAAAAUAACAACAUCGAACAGUGUUAAAACAUCAACAGAAAUUCCAUCGUCGGAAGUUCUCAUUUUUCGACCAAUUAUUCGGUUUGUUGAGACAACAGAUAAUGGUGAACAAUCUAAUAAUACAACUUCACCAACACGUCAUUGUUCAAUUGAUGAAGAAAAUGUAAUUAAACAAGAAGAAGAUCCAUCAACUAGUCAUCCAAAUUCUAAACAUGAUGAUUAUACAGAAUCAUUAACUAAUCCUGAUUUAAUUUAUCAUAUAAAUGCUUCAACUGAUAGUCGUUCAUCAUCAACAACAAGUACAGAUAAUCCAUAUAUUGUUAAUCAAUAUGAUUCAAUACCAUCAACAAUAGAACAACAAAUAAAAAUAGAACAAAAAUCAGCAUGUUUUCUUGAAACUCCACCACCAUCAUUACCUGAUAUACAUAUAACACAAGAAUCUGAAUCAUCAUUAGAUAAACCUCAUCAACAAUUAAAAUCUAAACGUAAACAAAAUCAUCCACAACGAAAACAAAUACAAAUAAAUUCACAAGAACAAGGUCAACAAAUAAAUGGUGUACUUAAUCGUUUAUUAUUAAAACAAAAAGAUAAUGAUGAUAAUGAUGAUUUAUCUAAACCAACAAAUGAUUUAUGUGAUCCUGGUUAUUUAUCUGAUGAAUAUAGUGAACCAAUAUCAUCAAAUAAUGAUUUAUUAACAUAUAAAGAUUUAGAAAAUUUUUAUCAUUAUUUAGAACAAUAUCAAAAUCAAACAAUAAAUCAACAAUUAAAUAAUAAUUUAAUAAUUAAUCAAGAUGAUAAAAAUUUUUAUGAACAAUUUAUUAAAUUUAUUUAUAAUAAUAAUGAUAAUUAUGAAAAAAUGAAUAAAUAUCGUUUAGAAUAUUAUCAUAAUAAUAAUAAUAAUAAUAAUAAUCAACGUUUAUGUUUAAUAUCAAAUAUAUUACAAAGAAUAUUUUCAAUAUUUUAUAAUAAAAAUUUCAUUUAUAAUUUAUAUGAAUUUAUACCAAAUGAAAUAAAAAACACAUAUGAAAUUAUGUUUAAAUCAUGUAUUUAA